AUGUCUGGGUCACGAAUUGCGAUUGUCGGAGUCGGUCAAGUUGGUGCCGCCGCUGCUUACGCACUUAUUCGCAGCUCAAUAGCUACUGAGUUGCUCUUGGUUGACAUUAAUGUGAGUUUGAGAGAUGGCCAAGUUCGCGAUCUCUCAGAUGUAGCAUAUAGCUGCAACAGUCGAACAAGGGUACGGGCGGCAAACUACCACGAGGCGGGCCAAUGUGACAUUGUAGUAAUUACUGCAGGAUCAAGGCACAAUCUAGGCGAAACUAGUCUCGAACAAGUAUAUCGAAACAUCUCCAUUGUCAAGACCGCUGUCGACGCAAUGACGCCUUUCAAAUCAGAUACUAUCCUACUCGUCGUGUCAAGCCCUGUCGACCUGCUCACAUCCCUUGCUCUGAAACUCUCCCAGCUUCCAACCUCCCAAGUCUUGGGCUCUGGCACGUACCUAGACUCUGUGCGACUUCGAGGGAUAUUGGCGGACAAGACUGAAGUUGCGGCAAAGUCGAUUGAUGUGUUCGUAUUGGGAGUACAGGGGGAAUCACAGGUGACGGCGUGGUCUGCCGCAACAAUUGGUGGUGUCCCUAUCGACAAAUGUCUCUCAAAUGAGAAAACUAUCAAUCGCGCCGAACUUUCCAACGAGUGUAAAAAUCGAUCACAAACCAUAGUUCGAGCCAAAGGAGCAACCCCCUUCGGCAUGGGUUCCAUCGUAUCCAGUAUCUGCUCUUCUAUCGUCUUAGACAAACACACCGUCCAUCCUCUUAGCCACUUUCAGCCGUCAUUUGAAUGUUGUUUCAGCUUACCCGUGGUGCUCGGCAAGAAGGGAAUCGUACACACAGUAAAGGUACCGCUAGAUAAGGACGAGGACAUUCAGAUAGCCGACUCUGCAAUUGCGCUCAAGGUGAUGAUUGACCAAGUAAGUAAAAACUGGUGA